AUGGCGACUGGGGAAUACCAUCAUGGUCAACGACGCAGCUACGCCGGCGCCCUCUGCACGGUCCGCCACUUUGGUCCUCUCCCUAACGCAAAGGGCGAGUGGCUCGGCGUGGAAUGGGACGACCCUACCCGUGGGAAGCACGACGGGCAACAUCAAGGGAGGCGUGUCUUCCGGUGUCUUUCGUCUUCACCUACUGCUGCGUCCUUCCUGCGGCCGUCAAGGAAGCCAGACCCGGAGAGAACCCUCCUAGAGGCGAUCAAAUUCAAAUACGCUCCGAGUAGCGUCCCGGGUCGUAACGAUGUGAACGACGCGAUUGAAAUUUCCGGCAAGGUCGUCGAAGAAGUCGGCUUCGACCGCAUCCAGCAACAGCUGUCCGUUCUCGCGGACUUGAAGAUCGUGCUUGUCGACGAGCUGGUCGUCUCAGGCAUCGCUCCGCGUGGCGCCUCACAAGAAGACAUCCGCCAGGCCCAGCAAGACCUUGCUCAGACGUGCCCGAACAUCACGGAGUUGGACUUGGGCUGGAACGUCAUCGAGACGUGGCAGGAUGUGCUGGACAUGUGCGCGCCUCUACCCAAGCUGAAAAUCCUGAAAGCAGGCGGUCUGCGGCUACGGGAGUUCAGGGCGAGAGUUCCGAGAGAGCAUCCCUUGCGGAACAUCGACGAGCUGCACCUCAACGAGAACCUGCUCACGCCGGACCAGAUCAUCGAGAUCCUGUUCUUCGCGAGACAUUGCAACUUUGAGUCUCUAAGGACUUUGGCCCUGUCGCUCAACGAACUCGCAUCGCUUGACUUUGACGACAGCGCUGGCGUUGACGAUGACGGUGACUGGCGCCGAUGCCCGUCCGUCACGAGUGUCAUCCUUGACAACAACAAUUUCACAAGUCUAGCCUUCCUGCCGACGUUGUUUGGCCUGUUCCCGAGCCUGACGUCGCUCUCGCUGCCAGGCAACGCCGUCUCCGCUCUCGGCCUGGACUCGUCGGCGUCUUUCCCGACGCUGGAGACCUUGAACCUAGCAGGCAACCGAAUCCAGGAAUAUUCAUUUAUCGACCGCCUCCCUAUCCUCUUUCCAAAUCUCACGUCUCUCCGCAUCUCACGGAACCGCCUGUACGAGCCGGGUAACGUCCAAGAUGAGGGAGGAGACGACCGACGCUCACAAGCCCCAGGUACUUCCACCUCAGACUCGACGUCCUACUACUUGACUCUCGCACGCAUACCGGGCCUAAAGUCAUUGAAUUACACCACCAUCAUGCCCCGCGACCGCGAAGAAGGCGAGAUCUACUACCUCUCUGUCGCGGAGCGAGAAAUCAAGACCAUCCUGGCGGGCAGCGAUCAAGCCCCCGGUGCCACCGGUACCGGUAUGGGUACCACGACCCACAACCUCUCCCGAGCCCGUCAGAGACACCCUCUCUACUCGACCUUGUGCGCAAAGUACGACCGCGAUGAUCUCCUUCAGAUAUACACCCAGACCGCCCGAUCUUCGGCCCCUCCGACCUCUCCGCUGCCCGCCGAUGGACCGGAGUCCCACAAGAACUACACUGACUACGCCCCCGGCACGCUCGGCGCCCGCCUCGUCGACGCAUACUUUUACAUCCCACCCUCAGCCUCACCUCCCACCACCACCGACCCCGGCAGCUCCGCUGGCGCAACACCGUCUCCGCGGCAGCCACUCCGCCGCCUCCUCCCCACCACGAUCUCCGUCUUCCGCCUCAAAUCGCUGGUCGCCCGACACUUUGGCCUCCCCGCGCUGCGGUUCGCGCUCGUGUACGAAUCGCACGAAUACGACCCCAUCGAACCCAUCCACAGCACGAGGAACACGGGGGUCGGGACAUGGGGCAAGGAAUCAUGGGACGGGUGGGGUGAUUGGGACGUCGAUCAGUCGGAUGAUUCGGACGAAGAGGAGCGGGAGGAGCAGAAGACGACUGAGAAUCCCCCACUUCCUUUGCGCGGAGGCGAUGUCGGCGUGAAUGAGGACGAGGGAGCAGAUGCCCAGGCUCCUACGCCCACGUUCGUCGUCCGCGAGGGCCACCGGUUCAAGAAGCGCGAGACGCUCAUCUUGGAUGGGAUGAGGCCUUGGGGGGAUUUUUUGGAUGUGGAUGGUCCCGCUCCCGCUCCCGCGCCCGUUCCUGCCUCUGGUCCGGGCCAGACGCGGCGGAGGGCGAGGGAUGUCAGGGUGCGUGUGGAGGUUGUGUAG